CUUUUCCUCAAACCGGAGUGAAAAUGGGUGAGCCUGCUAUUAUUGUUUAUUGCAGCGAUGUACUUGAACGGACCAAUAGCUACCCACCUUUAAGGACUUGCCCGAACUUGUUCUAUUUCUGCCCACACGUCUGUGUGACCGGGUCCACGUGUGCUAAGAUGUGAGCUAUUUCAGACAGUGAACAUGUCGGGCAUAGAGAUCACAUGUGGAAGAAUUUCCCCCUGUGGCCCACUGAAUGGACAGCCUCGGGCACAUACAUACAGUAUUUCAAAAGUAUACAAGAAGUCUAAGAGGAAGCCUACAAAACGAAAGACCAAAGAAAAACCAGACGAUGGUACCGACGCUCAUAAAGCGACCAGCUCUGCAAAGAAAAGGAAAUUGUGUGAGAUUAAAGGAGAUGACCUAGGAUGCAGUGCAUAUUCUGGGACAGAUGAUUGUGUUGUUGACACUCCCGCUUCUGUAUUCAGUAAAAGCACAGGUGACCAGGAAUCCACUAUUGAUCACUUGCAGCCCAUUAUGGAGAAGAGGGUUCCUACAUUCGGUGAACGUUGGGAGUUGGACAGUGGUUUUGCCUCCGAGGCGAGCCCACCCUCCAGUGGCCGAUGCUCACCCUGCAUUGGCAGGUGUCGUGCCAAAGUUGUGGCCAUAGACUGUGAGAUGGUGGGUACGGGCCCUGACGGACAUUGCAGUGAGCUGGCACGCUGUAGUGUCUUGAACUAUGAUGGUGCUGUACUGUAUGACCAGUAUAUUCUGCCAAGUCGGCCCGUCACAAACUACCGCACUCGCUGGAGUGGAAUCAGAAAGCAGCACCUCCAGCAUGCCGUCCCUUUUCAAAAGGCCAGGACAGAGAUUGUAACUCUAAUUAAGGAUAAGGUGGUUAUCGGUCAUGCGCUUCACAACGACUUUAAGGCCCUGGGGUUCUCACACCCUUGGCAUAUGAUCAGGGAUACGAUGUCAUCGCGAGCACUUCGACAGAUGUGUGGUUUACCUUCUAAAAGUGGCGCAUCACUGAAGACUCUAACGCGAAGACUCCUCAAUAGAAAUAUUCAGGUUGGGAAGGCGGGACACUGCUCGGUGGAAGAUGCCCGGGCUGCGCUGGAUCUCUACAAGCUAGUGGAGGAGCAGUGGGAGCAGGAUGACUCUGAGAGGGAGAGGGCACCCGCUCAGCCCGGCCCUGACCCCUCCCUCAGCCACUACAUGCUGGACCAGUACUGGCCAGAGCAUAUGGACUGUGGCCAGUGAGGUGGCGGAGAGCUCGGCUGGUGCCGUAUGACUGACAGGAGGGGCACAUGUUGGACAGAGAGGGGUGUGCUCCGCUGACAUAGACCUCUGAAGUUUGCUCACAAAAAGAACCCAAAGCUGCCAUCUUUGCCCAUAUAAGGAGAUCCGGAUCUCCUUAUUUGGGCAAAGAUGGUACACAGAUCUCCUUAUAUGGGCAAAGAUGGCAGCUUUUGGGUCCUUUUUGUAGGCAAACUUCCGAGGUCUGUUACCCUAUGAAAUGGGUGUAUCUGAUGAGGAGGGCUGUAUCCAGGGUGCAAAUGUCUCCUUUGGCCAUUAACACAUGAACUUGUGUAACCUUCCAUGAGUUGCACAAUAGCGUUUCUAAGUUGUAUCCCUGUGCCCACUCACAGUGUGUCGGAUCUGUUCUUAUCACUUGAUUAAAACUAAAACAAAUUAUAAACUAAAGAAAUGAUUGCUAAAGACUGCCCCGAGCACAUACAUGGAACUAAGUCAGACAACAAUUUUUGAAAAAUGAAAUCCAUUUCAUUACCAGACCUUAGCGGCUGUUUUGAAAGUUCGGCAUAACUGAAGGAAAAUGGGCCUGAACAUUUAAUUAAACAUGUAAAAAACAUCAGUCACCCUCAUGUACAGAAACUUGCAGUUCUGUGUGUACUGUAACAUCCUUCGCCUUACAUUUGGGGUGGAGGCCCACACUGAACUCAUUUGUAAUGACAGUAGUGUUUAAUACUUAAUGUGUUAACUUAAACAUUUUGUUCAUGUGCUAUUGAAAACAUCAUGAUAUGUUGUGGUUAAAUCUUUUGGGGUUAUUUAUAAAUAAAAGUAUUUAAACUAUUA